AUGGAGUCAAAUUUGCGCCCACAACGCAAAGCCAAGGAUCAGGCGCUAGAUAAUCCAGUGUGGCAACCCCUCAAAGCCCGGAGCAAGCAGCCUCACAAGUGCCGUGAACCUUUGACUUCAGUAAAUGUCGAGCCUGUCCCAAACCAGGUAAAGUCAGGCAAAAAUCACAGAACGAAGGCAAUGGCACUACCUCCCAAACACUCCAAAAGUCGCAAACAAGUGCUACCUCCGGCUUCAGAUUCAGAGGAGGAAGUAAUCAAACCUAGGCAAUCCAAGAAAUUGCGCAUGCCAGCUAUCAUCAAAUCAGACACUGAUAGUGAUAAGCAAAACGACGCCAUAGACAACUCAGACAAGUCGGAAAGCAAAGAAUCUGAGAUUGAGCCCACAGAGAGCAUCCCCAAAAGUUUGUUUGGAGAAGUUCCUACUACCUCCCAUCAGAAGACACCUGACCAGAGACAACUGGCAACAGCAUCACCCACUCCAAAGACCACGGGUUCAUCACGGUUGUCGAAAACUCCACCUCAACCUAUUUGGGGUUCCCAAUUCAAGCCUUUAAGUGUGAGAGAGAGAAAGCACGCAAUCACCAUGUGGGACUUGAUAAUGACGAGUUCAUCAUUCGGGUCCCAGGGUCUCACUGGCACUAGACAUGUUGAAAAGACCAAUAAGUCCUUCUCUGAUGAGUCCACCCUAGUCGACGACGAGCCUGACAAUCAUAGUCCCACCCUCAAUAUCAAGCCUGAGCCUCACAGUGCCGACAAAUCUGAGGCCGAGCCCCACUCUACUGAAUCCUCACUUCAAGCAGACCCCAUAGCACGUAUUGUUUACUCGAAAACUGGGUCUGUCCGACUCACGGACCAGAACAUUGAACUCCAUAAGGUGAUUCAACAUGGCAUUCUCGAGGUUAAGGCAUACAUUGCCUUCGAGCAUGGUUACUCUGAUCUCGUGUUGAAGAAUGUCUAUGCACAGGAAAUACUGCUGAAGGCCGCACAGUACCACAGUGCAGUGCCAAUCGAGAAACAGAUGAGGAUCGACAAUGAGUAUUUGUCGGCCCUCACAAAUCUAAUUGAUGCUCAUGCUAGUCUGUUUCGCAGUGAUGUUAAGGACGUCGUGAGCAAGAGCAUAUCAGGUUACUUCCGUCUCGGCAGUUCAGACAGUGACACAAUCCUUGAUUGA